AACCUGCUGCCAUCCUUUAGGGCCGAUAUUUUAAUUGUAGUGGAUUUUAUCGUCAUAUUUUGUGUUACUGGGCUAAUUGUAUUUGCCAUAAUUUAUUGAAACAUUUGUUCAUCCGCCUGCCUGUUUGACACAAUUCGGCUGAAAUUCCUCCCCAGUUUGCUCACUGGUCGCCGUACUGAACCAGUUGCCCUUCUUUGACUGACAGCUGAGUUCCUAUUGACUUCCCCGCCGAGGGACCAAUCAGCGGCGGCUGGGGGCGGGGCCUGGGCAAAACCAGCUCCACCAAAUAUUCCCAGUCGCGGUCCCUUGCAGUUACUUUCCAUCCAGGUUUCGGAGCGGUGUUGCCGAGGCAUCACGCGUGCGUUAGUGUGCGGGCGUUCGGGACGGAUCUGCCGCACGCAGCGCCUGUUUUGCGGGAGGACCUUCUAGUAUGAGAACUUCCAUUCCAGCUCCUUUGAUUUCUUUCAUUCUCAUGUUUGAUCAUUUUCUUGUUUUUGACCAUCCGACCCCAUUGCUUCGCCCUUCUCAUUUUCCUGCUGCUGUCACCCACAGUUUCACCAGCUGAAAGGGGAAUAUCUCACCAUUUCCACCACCAGCCAUCACUGUCCUCCUCCUCCUCCUCUCUGCCGCCGCCGCUCUGGAUUUUGGCGUUGCACUGCUGGACUAUAACGCAGAGGGAUUUAUAUUUGUGUUGAUUUCAGCCUGCAGCCCAGCGGACACGAGCAGCCUUUUCUCUCUGGGGGAUGUACAACAGCGGCUGUGCGCUCUGAGCAGCGGAGAGGAUCACCGCACUGCCCGCUGAAGGAACUGCUGCCGUGCGCCUUUGCUUUCUGGAGCAGGUCUCUCAUCUGGAGAUGCUCUAGUACGCCUGACCUGGGUUUGUGGUCCGUGCGCACUGGAUCGGGAUAUAAGGAGAAGAAACCGCCAUCUCCUUCCUGGAGCGCUUGUCCUCUGAUUUAAUUUUUUUGUGGACAUAUUUGGUUGUUUUGAGACGGAUUGUGCAUCCACCCGGAGGCGCGCAGGCGACACCAUGGGGGAGUCGAUGUGGAGAUAUUAUUUUGGAGUUUUGUUUAUUGCCUUCAAAGUGGACUUGUGCCGGGCGCUCAUCCUGGAGUCCAUCUACUGGAACACAACAAAUACCAAAUUCAUCCAAGGCCAAGGCGUUGUAUUGUACCCCCAGAUCGGGGAUAAGUUGGACAUUGUGUGCCCCCGCGUGGACGGCGGGGUGACCGAUGGCGUGGAGUAUUACAAGGUGUACAUGGUGCCCAGGGAGCAGCUGGAGACCUGCACCAUAACCAAGGCCGACACGCCGCUCCUCAACUGUGUCAAGCCCGACCAGGACGUCAAGUUCACCCUCAAGUUUCAGGAGUUCAGCCCGAACCUCUGGGGGCUGGAGUUCUUCAGGGGGAGGGACUACUACAUCAUCUCUACAUCCAACGGCACCAUGGAGGGCAUCGACAACCAGGAGGGGGGAGUGUGCAAGACAAAGUCCAUGAAGAUAAUCAUGAAAGUGGGACAAAAUCCCUCCGACCCUAUCUCACCCAAAGACAACCCCACCAGAGUACCCCACCCUCCAAAGCAUGCCGAUGGCAAGGACACCUACAACCCCAACGAUGUGCUGGAGAAGCCAGGUGUGGCACCCAGAGAAAGCAACGACAGCGACAACGGCGGAAAGUCCUCGAGCGCCAUCGGCUCCGAGGUUGCCAUCUUUGUGGGCAUCGCCUCGGGCAGCGUCAUCUUCAUCAUCAUCAUCAUCAUGCUGGUCCUGCUGCUGCUCAAGUACAGGCGGCGGCACCGCAAGCACUCACCGCAGCACGCAGCCACGCUGUCCCUAAGCACCUUGGCCACGCCCAAACGGAGCGGCGGCGGCGGGAACAAUAACGGCUCGGAGCCCAGCGACAUCAUCAUCCCGCUCAGGACUGCAGACAGCGUCUUCUGCCCGCACUACGAGAAGGUCAGCGGCGACUACGGCCACCCGGUCUACAUAGUUCAGGAGAUGCCGCCUCAGAGCCCGGCUAACAUCUAUUACAAAGUCUGAGGUGGAACUUUUCAAAGGCAAGCGACGAACUGGAACAAUCCCCGGGCAGAGCGGGUUUUUGGUCUCGCCUGGCGCCACCGGCACGCCCGCGAACACUCUUUCUCUCUCUGUGUCUCUCACUCUGUCAACUCCUCCUCCUCUCCUCUGAGGUUUUGUCACUAUUUUUGUUCUUUUUCAAAGUUUUGCUGAUACCUUGUCGCUCUGGUUUGGUCACAGUCGGUGUGGACGGACAGGGUCUGGCCUGCUGCCGCCACUGCUGCCGCCAUUGCUGCUGCUGCUGGGGAAACGGAGAGGAUGGUCUCCUCUUUCUCCAGCUUUGCUCCCUGUUUAGUUUUGUGCACUGCGGCCAGCAGAUGUUUUUCGGAAGUGUUGUGGGAUCGGAAAGUCGAAAGGAUGCAUUGUUUUCUUUUUGCCGAAUGGGACAGACAAAUGGAUGAAGGUUCCCUGGCACGAGAGGAGGGGAAGAAAUUUUUCUGCCUCACCUUAAGAGAGACUACUGCUUUGGAAAAGAGAGGGAAAGAGACAAACAAACAAUCAAACAAACAAACGUGAGGAGGAGAGGUAAAGGAGAAUACGGGCUGACCAAGAACUCACAAAAUGGCUGCCCUCCCUUGAUGCUCACAGCCAGAGAGACUGUGUGGAUAUACCAGCUGGACGUGGCAAAAGGAGAGAGAGUCUCCCAGCGAUCGUCUCUGGGACUUUCCUGACUGACUCACCCAUUCACCCUCACCCUGUCACCCACAUCCUCACCCUCGCCUUCACCCACACGCACAGACACACUGUCUCAAUGUGAACUGUUUGGGCUCAAAGUGUGGGCUUUCUCCUCAGUCCCAGAUGUGUUAUCAGUAAAUCACUUCUUUCAGGUGUUACUUGAAGGGUUGUUGUUCUUUUGUACUGGCUAAACUGAUGUUGUUUUUCAGUUUUCAUAUCCUGGUGUGAUUCAAACGCAGACAGACGUUUUCAUUUCCUUUGGUGACAUGUCAUAUUGUGUGUGACGCUCAAACACAAGUGGUUAGGAGUGGCGAGAAAAGAAAGAGUGAGGACUAUUUCUUUUUCUUUCUUUUUUUUUUUUUUUAACAUUUGGCGCCCUUUAGGGAAAAUGGCGCACGUCAGGUCUGCCCAGGUGGCUUCUGGGAAGAGUGGAGGACUUUCAUAUACAUUAGAGCAGCACUUUUAACCCCCUUUCUUUUGGUACCUCCACUCUUCGCAGCAGUCUGAGAGAGACACAGUGAUAGCCGGAGAUGGGAGAGCGGCCGUAUCCCGUCAGAUUCAGUAAUGAGAGCUCGCCUCAACUCCUCUAGAACCUGGGCUUUUCACACGGGCAGGCGUUAGGGGCAAUAAGAAAAUCCAGUUCGCCUUAAUGCCAUUUUUUUUUUUGUUUCACAUCAGGUGAAGACGAGGCCCGAGAUCUAGUUGAGGUUAGCAUAGCUGGCUGAAACAGCUCUAGGUACUGUAAUGUUUACCCCUAGGGGUCCAGUGAUGAUUAAGGGUGCCCUAAGGGCCCAAAAAUCACCGUGAGACCGGUGCUCUCCUAUUCUAAAAAACAAACAAACAAACAAAAAAAAAAGCACAGGGACAUCUACUUACAUUGUCACUGUUUCCAUUAGCAUUUCCAUUGUGUGAGGUUUUUCAUUUACUUCUUCUUCUUUUUUCUUUCUUUUUUUUUUUUUUACAAAAUAGAUGUACAUUAAAACAAGGACAUUACAAAGAUAAAAAAAAAUAAAAUAAAAAGCAGAAUUUAUUUAUGAUAGACACAUAGAGCACAGGUGUUGUCAGGCGGUGUGGAGGAGGAGGAGGAGAAGAAGUUAUGUUAAUAUAUUAUGGUAUAAGUGCACAUUAUGCAAUCUAGGUUUUUGAUUAUUUGAUAUCUCUCGACCCACCGAGUCCCGUACUUUUCACAAGCUCUCGUCCACAGACGCAGGGCUCGGUCCUGGGAAGGAAGACCAGGGGAGGGCAGCCUGGGCCCCCCGGUCCCAUGGGGAGUAGAGCGAUCUGACCCAAAAUAGCUCACAUUGGUGUACACGGGGGGGGAGUAGCUGUGUCUCCCACACUCACUCAGUGUAGCAUCUCCCAAAGGAUAAUCCCCACGAACGCCCCCGAUUGUCCUCAUACACACCCGUCAUGUUCUCUGUGCAUGUGCGUGUGUGUGAGUGUGUGCGUGUGUGCGUGUUGAGCAAGUCUAUAUUUCUUCACAUUCAUUAAUAUCUUUGGCUUAGGAUCAUGACUUAAGCUGUCCCCUCCCCCCACCCCAGCAUGUUUCAGCCCAUCGUUAAUGUCGUCAUGAAGAACAUCAGAUUUCACCGAAAAGCCAAGCCUUGUAUGAUCUGAGGUUUGUGCCUCUGAGAGGCUACAAAAUCUGCAAAUAUGCAAUUCUUAUUUAUUUUUUUAACCAAUUGUGAGAAAAAAAAACAAACCACACACAUGGAAAGUGUUCUUAACCACCGAAAGAUGUAACGACAGAACAGACGACACAAAACUUAGCAAAGAACAUCACACAAGCCUGCUGUUAACUUUUAUUUCCUGCAUUAUUUGUUCCUUUAACCUUUUCUGUUUUAACUAUGUGCCGUAGUACAAAGGUAAACUGUGAAAAAGCAUAUGUAUCACACCCGGAGAGGCAUUUAAGGGGAAAACACACACACACACACACACACACACACGCACACGACAAAGAAAUGGCUGUUUAGUUGUCUGCGGCAGAAUAUGACAAUCUUAUAGUUUCUUUGAAUCUGGCGUCCUUUUCUUAGCGGCCACUCGACUAACUCUCUCCCAACAUUGAGCGGGUUUGUUUGGCUCACCCUGACGUGUCGUAGCGAUGCUGUGAGAGUCUUAGCACACGGGCUAGGAGAAGCACCUCAGGCUACUGUAAAAUGCCUUGCUCGUAUGGUCAGCCCUUGGUCACUUGACUCAGUAAUUUUGCACCGUACUUCUGUAGGUAAGAAACUGUAAAUACAUUAAUGUUUGUAUUGUAUAUGGAUCCUGGGUUGUUACAAUAGCCUUAUUCACCUUUUUAGGAAAGUAAACGGGGGGGAAGUACAGAAAAAAUGGAAUACACUUCAGUAAAACAGAGCAUACUACUUUUUUGGUAAAUAGCUUAUGUAAAUAUUGACGAGAACCCAAUAAAAACAUUUUUUAUAAACUCUUAAAGUAAGAUGUUUUGUAUAAAAUUUGAAUUUUUUGCUAUGUAUUUUAGCUAGCGCUCGAUGGAAAGCCCGUGUCCUCCCCACUCCCUCCCCUUUUGCACUGUUUCCAUGGUAAUUUGGUUUAAAAAAAAAAAGAAAAAAGAGAAAAGUUGCCAAACCGACUGCUGCAUAUUUGUGCCAUAAGUGUGUACCAUAAAUAUUUAUUGAAUUAGUUUCUUUUUUUGUUUUGUUCUGUUUCUGAUUUAAUUUCAGUCCAGUUUGUAAGUAACACAGUAUUAUAUCUGCAUUGUUUGUUUGUCGACCCCUGGUUUUCUUUAGUCACGUCAUGGUUAGCGGGUGGCUGUAGCCCUUCCCCCCCCUCCUUCCUUGCAGUAUGAGAUGGCCAGGCUGUGAAAAAUGGUUUUCAGCAUUCAGAAAUUUAAAACAAGUGAGGAUAAACGACACACAUUCCACCAGUCUGUUACAAACUGAAAAUGUUUUUCAAUAAAAUGUUUUUCCUAUGGA